UUUUUAUAUUCUGACAGUUUACGUUAGCAGCAAGGUCGAGCACUGGUACUGCUGUUUGACAUUUUGGAUAAUGUUACUACACCUAUGGAGUGCCACAUGUCAACAACGUGGUUUGGUUGCGAUGCCAGUGUGGAUGUUUCCCGGAGUCAGUCCCGUCUGUGUGGUAUCUUCUAAAACUCCAGCAGAGUCAGAGUCUAGAAGUAGACCAUAUCCUUAACUGACCUGAGCAGAGAGGUUUCACUUUGUACACACGACGAGCUGACAGCAGCUAGCAGAGACAAAUACCGACAAACAUGAGCUCUGCUCCGAAUCAUGGACCCGGACCCGUUUCAGAGACCGGACUGUCCAGCAAACCCGUCCCUGCUGUCUCCUUAGGGGGACACGUGAAGCAGGUCUUCAACCAUGUGAGGAUAGAAAACCUGGUCGCGGGACUUAGUGGGGGAGUUAUCUCAACCCUGGUGCUUCACCCUCUGGAUCUGGUUAAAAUUAGGUUUGCAGUAAGUGAUGGACUGGAUGUCAGACCUAGGUACAGUAGCAUCAUGCACUGUAUGAAGAGUGUUUGGCAGCAGGAGGGACUGAGAGGUCUCUACCAAGGAGUGACACCUAAUGUUUGGGGUGCAGGAGCAUCUUGGGGUCUCUACUUCCUGUUCUAUAAUGCAAUCAAAGGCUACACAAAGGAGGGUCGCCAGACUGAACUAACUGCAACAGAGCACCUGGUGUCUGCAGCCGAAGCAGGCAUCCUAACUCUCACCAUAACCAACCCAAUCUGGGUGACCAAGACCCGGUUGGUACUGCAAUACAACGCUGACCCCUCCAGCAAACAGUACAAGGGAAUGCUUGAUGCUCUGGCCAAGAUCUACCGCCAUGAAGGGGUACCAGGACUAUACAAGGGUUAUGUUCCUGGUCUGUUUGGCACAUCCCAUGGAGCAUUGCAGUUCAUGGCCUACGAAGAACUAAAGAGAGACUACAACAAAUACAGGAAAGCGCCUUCAGACGCAAAGCUGAAUGCGUUGGAAUACAUCACAAUGGCAGCUUUAUCCAAAAUAUUUGCUGUUGCCACAACAUACCCCUAUCAGGUGGUGCGAGCCCGUCUGCAAGACCAGCACAAUAGAUACAAUGGAGUUAUUGAUGUCAUCGGACGGACAUGGAGGAAUGAAGGAGCCAUUGGUUUCUAUAAAGGCAUCAUCCCCAACUUGAUUCGUGUCACCCCUGCUUGCUGUAUCACUUUUGUAGUGUAUGAGAAUGUCUCCCGCCUCCUUCUGGGACAAAAUCAAUGAGGGCUUAAAAGCAUGGCAUGGAUUGCUGUGAAGACUCUGAGCUCACACUGACACAAUCCAAGAAACAGAGAGAGAAUGCAUCAGAUUGUCCUGUGCUGUGGAUGUGUUGGUUCCAGAGGCAUUGAGAAGGGAUACAAAAUUUGCCAAACUGGGGCUGUGGAAUGAACAGUGGAUUUAUUUUUGUGAACAAACAUGAAAUGGGAGGUCGUCUAAGGUCACAUCAGUCUCUGAUUCUCAUACAUGGCCAACACUUUGACUUCUGGGGGGUGGGGGGGGCACAGUGCUGUGCACUCCAAAGAACAUGCUGCAAUGAUGUUUGUCUGAUUUUUUAUGCAUUACUCAGAAUUUCGUGCAUCAUAAGAGGAGAGUGAUAAAUGUGCUAUCAUAGUUAUGUUUACACGAGAUGUUUCCUAGCAGCUGCAAGGGAGACAUGCUGAAAGUUAAUUCAACAUCUUGCUAAGUUCUUCAUCUGCAUGUGUGCUUUAUAGUUUUUGUGGCUUUUAAAUUAUUUCUAUCUUUUUCAAACAGAUGGCAGCAAUGAAGGUCGAUCUUAGAAACACACCAAUACAUGCAUCGCACAAUUCAUAGUUUUCUUUGAAUUUUCACACACAUAAAUCUAACUGCAGUGCUUAACAAAUGUUUAUCAUCAUGUCUGAAUAGUGCUCUUUUUGCAUUGUCAAUGUUUAAUGUAUAACAUGCAGUAAAGUUAUUAUUUUGUGGCUACAUUGAA